UUUUAGGGUAUGAUAUUUGGAGCCACCGAUCAUAUUUCCAAAAUGAAAAAACUUCUCACAAGAAUCAAUAGUUGGUCGGAAGUGUCAGUUGUCUUCAAUUACAGCAGAAAUGCACACGAGAAAGAAAUAUUAUAAAAUUACGUGUAUUCAAUUUCUCCGCAAAGCAACAACAACAAAUCGAAUGUAUUGGAAACCAAAAUUAAACUUCGCAAAAAAUAUACUUGCAUCGCCUUAAAUACCUAAUCUAAUCACUGACAGUAAACGAGGAAACGCGAAACGCCGAUAUCUCAAGUAUUUUUUUAACAAUAAAUCUUAAUAUUGUACUUAUGUAUCUAUAGCUAUACUUAUACUUGAGAAAGUCCACAACACCGAAGAAAUUUUGAGCAGCACGCUUCAGUUGAUUUUUAACUCAAGACAUAGCACACCAUGUACGCACGACGCACACUUUUCUUAGCCACACUCGCUUGUGUACUGUACGCUGUAUUGGCGCUGCCGCCAUGCGCCCGCGAUGACGAGGAAUGCCGCGACAGUCGCAUGCAUCCCGAUCUAGAUGAUCUGCCGCAGGGUAGAAUAUUUAUACGCAAAAUCGAUGGCGAAGACACGAACGAUUACUGGCGCAAUCAGGGCAAGGAAUUCAUCCAAACUAAACUGGCCGAGAAGUUGAAAACGCAAAAGGCUAAAAAUGUGAUUUUGUUCUUGGGCGAUGGCAUGGGCAUAACCACGCACUCGGCUGCACGCAAUCUCAUCGGCGGUGAGGAGAAAUACUUAUCCUUCGAGCAAUUCCCUUACACUGGUUUAUCGAAAACUUAUGCCGUCGAUAUUAUUGUGCCCGACUCGGCGAAUACCGCGACUGCGUACUUGUGCGGCGUGAAGGCCAUGGAAGGCACAAUCGGUGUGAGCGCACAGGUGGAACGUGAGGAUUGUGCGGCUAUGCUGAAUACCACCAAUCGCGUUUACUCAAUUGCCAAGUGGGCCAUGGAUGCUGGCAAGUCGGCCGGCGUUGUGACCACGACAAGAAUUACACAUGCCUCGCCAGCGGGCGUUUAUGCGCACAUAGCCGAUCGCGAUUGGGAGGAUGAUAGCGAGGUGAGGGCAUCAUGUGGCAUUGACAGCGGAGUGUCGGACAUCGCUUACCAACUAAUUAAUGGCGAGGUGGGCAGCAAGUUGUCGUUCAUGAUGGGCGGUGGCAAGAGACAUUUCAUUGACACUAAACUAUAUGCGAAUGGCACGCGUAGCGAUGGACUUGAUUUAAUCGAUCAAUAUAAGAAUCUUAGUGACAGAAAUGCCUUCGUUGAGUCGCGCACUGAACUUAAUAAUUUGAACUUCAGCAAUGUGGAUCGCGUAUUGGGUAUUUUCAGUGAUAGUCACUUGCAAUAUCACUUGGAGACCGAUGAGAACUCACGGCAGCCAACACUGGAGGAGAUGACAAGGAAGGCUAUCGAGUUUUUGAGCCGCAACGAAGAAGGUUACUUCAUUUUCAUUGAAGGUGGACGCAUCGAUACGGCGCAUCAUGACAAUAUGGCGCGCAUAGCACUGGACGAGGUAGUCGAGUUUUCUAAAGCCAUCAGCGCAGCACGCGAGUUGACUAACGAAGAGGACACUCUGAUUGUGGUCACUGCUGAUCACUCGCAUGCCUUCAGCUAUUCCGGUUAUCCAUACCGCGGUAAUGACAUUUUUGGUCGCACACCUGCUACAUCCGAUGACAAGAAGCCUUACAUGACUUUGAGCUAUGCGAACGGUCCGAGCUAUGAGAAAUUCUACGAUCUUACAAACAAAGAGCGUCGUGACCCAACUACCCUUAUAACCGGUGAUGUUUAUGAUCAAUUUCCCGCAACCGCACCUCUUGACUCGGAGACUCAUGGUGGUGAUGAUGUUGCUGUAUUCGCUUCGGGUCCCUGGGCUCAUUUGUUUACUGGCGUUUACGAGCAAAAUACCAUACCACAUAUGAUGGCUUAUGCUUCGUGUUUGUCUGACGGUCUGACGAUAUGCUCCACGGCUGUGGCUUAGGUUUCUUAAAAUCUAUAUAUUUUAU